AUGUACGCGACAACACACUCGCAGGCAGGCCAACUCCUCAUCGGUGGCUUCGAGGGUACAACGGUGACACAGCAGGCGAGCGAUCUCAUCACAAAGCACCACGUGGGGCUGAUGAUCCUCAGCAGCAGAAAUUUUGCGACCGCGGCACAGACACAACUGCUCAUUCUCGAGCUCCAGCGCCUUGCACACGACUCCGGGUACACGUACCCGCUCCUCUUCGCGAUAGACCAAGAGGGCGGCAUGAUGAACCUGUUGUUUGAUGAGGAGAACAUCACGCAGUUUCCCGGCGCCAUGGCGCUUGCGGCGACGGGCUCCGAAGAUCUCGUCUACGACGUGUGCAAGGCUAUAGCCGUGGAGCUCAAGUCAAUCGGGUUCAACCUUAUUUUGGGGCCCGUAUUGGAUGUGGUCACCGCAAUGGGAAAUCAUCUCAUCGGUGUGCGCUCGUUCAGCAGCACGGUGGAGGAGGUAGUCAAGUAUGGCGCGGCGGCCGCGCGUGGCUUGCGUGCGGGCGGCAUGAUGACUGCGGGAAAACACUUUCCCGGAAUUGGUAGCGCGGCAGUCGACUCGGUGCUCGAGCUCCCCAUGAUGCCCGAGUCGCUUGCGCAGAUCGAAGGUGCAAAUGCAGUACCGUUCGCGCGUUUGAUCGAGGCGGGCUUGCUCGAUGCGGUGUCCGUGGCGGGCUGCGCGGUGCCUAACAUUUCGCCUGAGGAAACGCACGCAUGUUUGAGUCCCGUGGUGAUCAACCAGCUCCUCCGUGGCAAGCUCCGCUUUAACGGCGUGGUGAUCAGCGAGUGUCUCGAGAUGGACGCACUCUACCGCAAUUACGGACUUUCCCAGGGUGUGAUUAUGGCGAUCUUUGCCGGCUGUGACUUGGUCAUGGUCUGCCACGACUACACGCUUCAGGAAGAGGCACUUACCCUGAUUUCAAAAGCCAUGAUGUACGGCAACUUGGCCCCGGGAAUGUUCCGCCGUGCGCUCGAACGUGUGGAAGCGCUCCAGCGGCAACUUCCACCGUGGGAGCAGGUAUCCCAGCCGUUAACACUCUCACCCGAGGCUAGGCUUGCACACCAGGUGCUUUCCCAGCUCGCGUAUCAGAAGUCCGUCACCCUUGUCCGCGACUAUAACAACUGCUUGCCCUUGGACAAGUUUCUCGAGGCACCGGCCGUUCCAGAGACUGACCGCUUAGACAUUCUCCUUCUUACUCCGCUCUUGGACCCGUUGUACACGCUCAAGCCGGGCGCAGACGUGACGCCCGAUGCGUACCGCGGCGAGGAAGUCUUUCAAGCCUUUGGCUUACUGCUUUCCCAGUACAACUAUAACGUGACCCACACAACCUACACUGCGAACGGGCUCACCUCCCUCCACGAGUCACUCCUCAUGCGCGCAAGGGUGGUGAUUGUUGCGACGGCUGAGUCCAGCCGCUACAUGUUCCAAAUCGGCAUCGUCAAACACAUCUCCAUCCUCUGCAGUGCGACACCGCCCAAACCGUUGGUGCUUCUCGCGGUCUCCUCGCCCUACGAUUUCUACUACAACCGCAACAUUGGCUCGGUAUACAUUUCUUCUUAUGAAUAUACGGAGAAUGCGCUUGCCCAGGUACCGGGAAUCUUGUUCGGUGAGCGCGAGGCACGCGGUAGCAUUCCAGGUGAGGGUCGCAACCGGCUGCGCAAGGUCAACCGCUUGUGGUUAGUAGACGACUUCGAUGUGCAGCGUGACUGGCCGGGUGUAAAGAAGUUGUGGCGAGAUGAGUUUGCUGGCGAUGGCGACGAGACGCUCUUCGCACCGCCGGGGAACCCUGUGCUGUUCUUCCGCUGGAUGUUUCUCCUCCUCAGCUCUACCGCGGCUGUCCAGAAACACUUUGUGGUUCGUAAUUCUUCGAUGAAUACGGUGCUCGGCGUGUGCUUUGUAUGGGUGAAUGCGGUGUCGUGCACGGGCAACAUCCACUGCAUAUUGGUAGACAAGGCGCGCCGCCACCAGUCGAUUGGCAAGAACUUGCACGCGCGCGCGAUGCGCUACCUCACACAGGAGCGCGGCGUCACACGUGUGUACCUUGGUGCGGCAUUUCCCCUUGUGAUCAUCCCGUCCAGCGCCGCGCACCGGCUCCAUCAGACACUCCAGAACCUUAACGGCUGGGAUUCUGGCGCAGUGGUGCCCUUCUUGCGUGCUGUGGGCUGGAGUCUCACGUCCGGCGCCACCAAUUACCCCCAGUAUGUGAUGAAGAUGGACAACCUCCAGGACUGGCUGGUUCCCAAGAAGAUCUUUCGCGAGCUAAUGAUUGUGGGGGUACAGUUUGAUAUUUGCCGCGACGUCACACAGUUGCUCCCGUUGAUCCGUGACCACUACAGCAAUCCGUUCGGCGUUGAGUUGUACCAGGAGGCAUAUCGUCACUUGAACAAGGGUGUCCAGAUUAUUGUCGCGCUCGAGCCCGCAGCACAGGGCGUUGUAGGUGGGAUUAUUCUCUUCACCAACAAGAGCGCGCUCACCAAAUAUUAUCCGUUUCUCGAGGAGCUCAGCCCCGCUGGCAUGGGUACUCCGCCUACCGUCGGUGGCAUCGCGGGCCAGUUUAUUGACCUGGCUUACUCCAACUUGACGGAGGUGUUCAACUUUGGGCUCAUCUGCACCGCCAUCCGUUAUUUUAAAGCUCAAGCCGUCUCUCAGUGUGCCAUUUGCGGUAUCAACGAGAAACAGGUCUCUGGUGUUACCGAGUUUGGUUUCUCCCCUUGGAAAACGUAUUUUGACCAAUACGAGGUGAAAACGUUCAAGUAA